AUUUGUUUGCUAAAAUUUAAUCCACGAUCAACAGGCAACCGGUGGAGGUGUACAGCAGCGCGUGCCAAGCUAGAACUGGGUGCGAUCAAUCGUGAUCAUUUGAGAUUUUGAGUGGGUCAGUAUGUCGAUCGUGAUGGAUGUUAAAGUGGAUGCCCAGGAAGCGGCACUUCCACCGAUCGAGUCGUUCAAGAACUGCGACUACCAUGUGCGGAUCAGCGGAACGACGGCGCUGGACAAGCGCGUCAUGUCGUUUGUGGACAACCUGUGGGGUUUCGAGGUCACCGGCGGAGUUGAUCAGUACGAGCCGUUGACAGUGAUCCAGGUGAAGCGAGAGGGACUGGCCAGAAGAGCGGGAAUCCGGGUGAACGAUGUGAUCACCAAGAUCAACGAAACGUACGCGGACAAGCUGACCCUGGCCGAAGCCCAGGAGCUGAUCGCCGAGUCCGGCCGGACGGUGAAGAUCUUCGUGAGGGGCGAGGUUGAGGAGGACAGCGAAGAUGAAAUGACGGUAGAUUUCUGGUUCAAACCAUAUGGUUUCUUUACUACAGUGGCUGACGCCGAUCGUGCCAUGCUGGACUGGGAAGCUCGGAUGCGGGCUAAUCGCAACCCGGGCAAGUGGAACGGACUGUGGCCAUGGAACGAUCGCCGCAAAGUGGUCUACAAGGAAUCCAACUGCUACAUGGUUCCGAGCACGGCCGAGGAGAAGCGCGAUCGCGAGUUGGCACUGCGAGUUACGGAGGCCGAGUACCAGAAGCAUUUGGCUGCGGAGAAAGCUGAAGCGGAACGGUUGGCCGAGGAACAGCGCCAGGAGGAGGCCCGGAUCGCCGAGGAACAGCGACGGAUCGAGGAGGAAGCGUUCUUCGCCAAGAUCGAGGAGCGACUUCAGGAGGAACAGCGAGCGGCCAAGGUCGAGCAGGAAGCCGAUGAGUACAUCGAGGAGUUGAUGCAGCAGCAGGAUGAUCUGCAGGUGGAGGCUGAGGUCAGUACCGAUCUUCCGGAAGAGGCCGGAGACACGGAAGAAGCCGGAGAUCCGGAUGCAGAGUAAAAUUUUGUAAACGGUUUGCGUCUAGGCUAAGUGAUCUACAUUUGUAAGUAUUUAUCCAUAAUUUAUUUACCAAGCAAUAAAGCAAUUUGUAUACCCAA